AUGUAUCUACAAAAGGAUGAGAUCCUUGUACCUCAAACGGUAUUAAUGGAAAUUUCAUUCCGUGGAAUUCAUGUAAUUGACAAACGGAAAAAAGACAUAUUUCGUUGCCCUACUUUUGACUAUUUUUACAGCCUACAGAACAUCUCCUUUUGUGGAGCCCACCCAAAAGAAUUACGGUAUUUUGGCUUUAUCACCAAACACCCCAUUUUGCCUCGCUUCGCUUGCCACGUAUUUCUUUCUAAUGAAUCUACUCAAGCUAUUGUUGAAGCUAUUGGACGUGCUUUUAAACGUUCCUAUGAUGAGUAUAUGGCUUUUGCCCAUCCAACGGAAGAUAUUUUCUUAGACGAAUAAUUUUUCUAAAAUCCUUUUAUCAAUUUGAAAGUUAUAUUUCAGUCAUUCCAUUUGGUUAGAAUUGUCGGUUUCUAGAAAAUCUUCGGAUCAGAGGUGUCGGAAAUCGGAACUGGCUCGAAAGUCGGAACUUGGAAAUCAAAUUUUUUUCGAAAAUCGGGAGGAAAAAAAUGUCGGAACUCGAAAUUCCGACCCACCUCUGCUUCGGAUACCUAGAACAGAACCGAAGAACCUGACCAGAAACUUCUUCGGUUCGUUGGUUCGCUUUCAAAUCGACAACCCUAUACCUACAUUUGUUUAAAAGUUUUUCUAUUUUUGUAUAAAAAGUUUAAUUAAAAAACUAAAAACAAUCUUAAUUAUUUGAGUUAAGGUUGUUUCCCGCUAGUACGGGAAGGCUUUAGAAAAAAUCUUUGGGAAGACAUCGCUAAGGAGGGACUAGGAGACGGGAGAAAUCCUCAAAAAAAUUCUCUCAAAUUUUGCAGCCUUCAGGCACGAGUAUAUAACUGUAUUAAUUCC